UGUUGCUAGUUUCUCUGCACUCAGAUUAAUCCCUGGCGAUGAAAAAUGAGCCUCUCCCCCACCCUUGCUGCCGCCUUUCGCCUUACGCCCCCAGAGAAGAGUUUCUUCGUGUGGCAGCCGGUGAAGGUUUUUUUCCAAGUCACAUGAUCCAGGAUGCAGGGGGAGAAUCCUUCUUGGAACAGAGAUGGGCCCAGAACCGAAUCAGAUGAGGAGAGAUAAGGUGUGAUGUGGGGAAGACUAUAUAAGAAUGGACCCAGGGCUGCAGCAAACACCCAACCGAGUGGCCCCUUCUCAGGACGCCAUGCAUGUGCCAGCUGGCUCCGUGGCCAGCCACUUGGGAACCACCAGCCGCAGUUACUUCUGUUUCACCACGGCCACGUUGGCUCUGUGUCUCAUCUUUGCUGUGGCAACCAUCAUGGUGUUGGUAGUUCAGAAGACGGACUCCAUUCCCAACCCGCCGGGCAAAUUUCCCCUUAAAGGAGGAAAUUGCUCAGAGGACAUGCUAUGUAUCCUGGAAAGGGCUCCAUCCAAGAAGUCAUGGGCCUACCUCCAAGUGUCAAAGCAUAUAAACAAAAGCAAGUUGUCUUGGAAUAAAGAUGGCAUUGUCCAUGGAGUCAGAUAUCAGGAUGGGAAUCUGGUCAUCCAGUUCCCAGGUUGGUACUUCAUCGUUUGCCAACUGCAAUUUCAUGUGAAAUGUCCAGAACAUUCUGUUGACCUGAAGUUGGAGCUUCUCAUCAACAAAGAUGUCAAAAAGCAGACAUUGGUGACAGUGUGUGAGUCUGGAGUGCAAACCCAAAACAUAUAUCAGAAUCUCUCUCAAUUUUUGCUGGAGCACCUCCAGGUCAACACCACCAUAUCGGUCAAGGUGGAUAAAUUCCAGUAUGUGGAUACAAACACCUUUCCUCUUGAGAAUGUGUUGUCCAUCUUCUUAUACAGUAGUUCAGACUGAACCAUUUCUCCUGAUUUUUAGGAAAAAAGCAACUCUCUACUAUGCAGUACUUCAUCCAACUUAAUACUUGGGCAAAAAGAAACCUUUAGAACAAGACUAAAACCACCAAGGGUAUUAAUAGUAUGUUUCUCCUUCUGUCUCUUGGGAAGAUGAGAGUUUUGAACAAAAUGUCUUUCAGACAGAAGGCAGGGAAGCAAUGUGAUAUGUGGACAGAACCCCAUAUGGGUAUCAGAAGGGAUGGAUUUACACCCCAGCCCAACAAGUCACUCACUAUAUGACCUGGAGCCAUUCCUUUUCCCUCCAUGGAAUUCAGGAUCCACAACUGACAAAUGAAGUGGCUGGAUUUGAAUUUCUCCAAAGUCUCCUCCAUCUCAGAAGCCCAGGCUCUCUCAUCACAGACCUAUGAACUAAGAUUCCAGACAGCGUUCUGGAAGCCCCCAACCAAAAGAAAGAUCCCCACACCAGCAGCAAACCAAUGGUACUGGCGAUAUUGGGCUGCAUGUCACCUCAGCAGAAUUUGAGGACAAGGUUCAGGGUACCUUGCCAAAUGGUGUGAAUUGUAGGACCUAAAAUGUGUAAAAGAAAGGACUACCCAACUGAACAUCCUGAAUCUAAGGGGCCUUCUGGGUAUUUGGAAGAUCAUCUGACCAGGCUCGACUCCAUUCAAGUUAAGAUUGGCAAUAAUUCAAUGACACCUUUUGUUUCCCGGUAUGAAAGUGUUGUGCAGUCAACAAACACUCGAUCAGCAAGCAGUGGUCAAGGUGACAUGGUCUUCUGGUCAAGGAAUAGCUGCUGCCCUCUUCCACACAAUCUCUUUCCAUUCCCUCCUCAAACACCUCUCAGGACACCAUUUCUAUGGAGAGCUUUUAAGGCCCCACAAAGUUACUGAUAGACAAUGAUGGUCCUGAAAAUGGUGAGGAUGUCUGAGCAAUGGUAAUCUCCUCUUCUGAUUUGGAUAGCCACAUUUCUCCAGCCAAGCCCGCCUACCUUUACAUCUGUCCAUCAUCCACGCAGGAAUACCUUACUGUGUGAAAAAAGGGCCAUUUGACUUGUAACCCCUGAGUUUUUGCUUCAGAAGGAAAAGGGACCCUUAACUGCUCUGCAAAAGAAUGGAGAAAAUUUGCAUUUUUCUCAAAAAGAAGGAGAGAAAAAAGGGGGUAGGCAUUCAGGAAAGUUUGUCAGAGAAAAACUAGCAAAGCUUUAAAAGAGGCAAAAAUAACCAGCUGUGGUAGCACAGAUGAAGGGACUUGGGAGAACAAGUGGCUAAGGGAAAAAUGGAAGUCAUUUGCUGAACAGUGUCAAUGUCAACCUCUUCCUAGGUCCCCUCAGAAAUAUUCAGUAAAGUCUACAUUUCUCUUUAAUGCUCUCUGUGAGUAGAUUCUUUGGGAGGAGAGGGCAUUCUAAGAGCUGUGGAAUUCAGCAAGCCAAGUGGUAUGUGGUAAAAGGAGAGACAGGUUUACAGGAUCCAAAGCUGCAGAAUAAGGGGGCAUCUGGUAUCAGUUAAACCUUAAUUCUGAAGGACAAGUGAAUCUUGCUGAAACCAACUCACUCCAUCUUGAAAAGGUAUCUGUGACCUAAGCAUGUGUAAACUAAGCAAAUUUUCUACCAUCUUAUAUUCUAACUUGAGAAAGAUUCCAUUUUCAUUUUUCACCCACCAUCCUCUGAGCAGAGGUGCCUGGCUUUUAUACUGUGACUGCUUCCUAAUCUCAAUCUCUGAAAGCAACAGCUUUCAGACAAGGGGGCCCAGCAUUUAAAGGAAUCCUGUAGCAAGAUGAAAAAGUAAAAUAGAAUAAUCAUUAAUAAGUCAAUUGAUUAUAUGUAGGGAAUGGACAACCUAGGAAGUUUAAAGUGUAAUUCUGCUAUUCCCUGGAGGUUAACCUGGGAAUGUUAUGAGCAGAUGACACCAUCUAUGCAAGUAAAACAAAAAUUUUUCUAACUUGGAA